AUGGGCGAGUUAAAGCCCUACAAGCAGGGCUACUACUUAUGGCUCUAUGUCCCAUCUCUCGCAGCAGCAAUUAUUUUCCUACUGUUUUUCGCAGUAGCGACUAUGAUGCACACCUAUCGCCUCAUCAAAACCCGAACCUGGUUCUGCAUUCCCUUCGCCAUGGGAGGAAUCUUCGAGAUUUACGGAUAUGGCGGUCGCUGCGGCGCAUAUAAGAACACGGCAUCCCUAUUCUCCUAUGCGCUUUCCAAUAACGGCGCACUGCUCGCCCCAGCCCUAUUCGCAGCCUCUAUCUACAUGACCCUAAGUCGGCUUAUACGCGCUCUACACGGCGAAAAGCACUGCAUAAUUCCUAUGAAAUGGCUUACAAAGACCUUUGUCUUCGGAGACAUAGCAUCCUUCGCCGUGCAGGCAUCAUCGACUGGCCUGAGUGUUACAGGACACGGAGCAGCAGCCAAAGCAGUCGUGUUGCUAGGUCUAUUCAUCCAGUUGAUAUCGUUCGGUUUGUUUGGUGUGGUUGCUGCAGUGUUUUAUAGGCGCAUAUUGAAAUCCCCGACGUCCGAAUGUUUCAAUUCUAACGUACAGUGGGAGUCGAGUCUACAUAUGCUUUUCACGGUUAGUGCUCUUAUCAUGAUUCGAUCGAUCUUCCGAGUUAUCGAGUACUGGAGUGGAGAGUCAGCGUACCUGCUGCAGCAUGAAUGGCCGAUGUAUGUUUUUGAUAGCGUUCCCAUGCUGGUUGUCAUGACUCUAUUCUAUGUAAGAUACCCCAGUCGUAUUCAAGCGAAGGGGAAAUGA